UGCCGGCCACCCUCCGGCAGGUCGGAGCUGCCCGGGCUGCCUGGCCGCACACCAUGGCCAUGGCUUCGCCGGCCGUGGGGCAAUUCGCUUACCCGCUGCUGCUGGACAAGGAGCAGCAGCUCUUCCUGCAGAGCCUCAGCGCCAACGAGAGGAAGAAGAUCCUCAAGCGCUCCGCUUCCAAUGACAUGAAGCCGCAGCCCCGGCGCCGCCAGCCGCAGGACGAGCAGCUCCCCGCCGCGGCAGCGGCCGUGUCCCCGCGGGGCGCAGACGAGCUCCUGGCCGGCCAGGUUGGCCCCAGCGGCGCCCCGAGAGCGCAGCGCCCCGCUGCCUGCGGGAGGCACCUCGGAAGCGCUGCCGAGCCGGAGCGUGCCGGGCGAGCUGCGAAGCUUCGUGGCGCCCCGAUCCGGGCGGGAGAGGAGGAGGGCGAGGCGGCGGCGCCGGUGGCUCUCUCCUCGGGGCUCCCCGCGCCUCCCGCUCCCGCUGCCAAGCCCUCCCGCUCCGGGCUGCUGCACCACCAGCGCCUGCGGCUGCGACCCACAGCGCCUCGCCUGCUGCCCGACGUGCGCACCAUCUUCGAGCAGCCGCGGGACCCCCGAGUGCGCCCGGAGAAGGGCGAAGGGCACCGCUUCGAAGCCUUCCCGCUCCGGCGGGGCUGGUGCGACCUGUGCGGGGAGGCCGUGCUCCAGAGGGCUCUGCGCUGUGCCAACUGCAAGUACACCUGCCACCAGGAGUGCAAAAGCCUCAUCCAGCUGGACUGCAGCCAGCAGGACGGACAGACCUGCAACAAACCUUCGCCAGAAAACACCUUAACACAAAACUACUGCCAGAAUGUAACGAAAACAGUGGAAGAAGAAAAGCCCAGAGCUCCCACCAUCCAAGAGCUGAAACAGAAGAUUGAUUAUUACAAUUCAAAAGUCAACAACUGCUUGCUGAUGAAACUGAAUGAUGAUGGUACUUACACGGGUUUCAUCAAAGUGCACCUCAAACUACGCCGGCCUGUGACAGUCCCGGCAGGUAUCAAGCCACAGUCCAUCUAUGAUGCCCUCCAGGAGGUCAACGUAGCCAACAUGACAGAAAAGAGAACAUCCUUCUACUUGCCCCUGGAUGCCAUCAAGCAGCUGCACAUCAGCAGCACCACCACUGUCAGUGAGGUCAUCCAGGCACUUCUGAAGAAAUUCAUGGUGGUGGACAACCCACAGAAAUUUGCACUUUUCAAGCAGAUGCAGAAAGAUGGCCAAGUUCUUUUCCAGAAACUCUCGGUAACAGAGUAUCCGUUGUACCUCCGACUUAUAGCCGGUCCCGACACAGACAUUCUCAGCUUUGUGUUGAAGGAAAAUGAAACUGGGGAGGUUGAGUGGGAUGCCUUUUCUAUUCCAGAGCUACAAAACUUUCUAGUAAUACUUGAGAGGGAAGAAAAGGACAAAAUCCAGCAAGUGCAGAAAAAAUAUGACAAGUUUAAGCAAAGACUACAGGAGGCCUUGAAAGAAGCCAACGGGAAGCCUGGAUAACAAACCCUGGAAGUGUGGCUAGUGAUGAACUUCAAGUUACAAUUAUUUAAAAAAAAACAUUAAAAAUCAAGACUUUUUCUCAGGACACUUUCAAUUAGUUGCUGUCUAAUAUAUCAGAGCUGGUAACUAUUAUAUGGAUAUUGAUAUUUCAAAUCUUCUGGUCCUCCAGAAACCAAAAAUGUAUGCUGCUUCUCCUUCCAUCAAAGUGAUACUUAACGGCACAGUUGGGAAACUUUGCAGCAAGUGCUGAAUGUCCAAGGAACUGGGCUGCUUGCACUGUAAAUGCUGAGGGCCAGACCAAAACUGCUCUCUUCCUUCUCAAAUGCCGGUAUCUCGGCUUCUGGAUUUGUGUAUGUGUGGCAGAAGUGCAAUGAAUGUGCUCUCUGUGGUCAUUUCAUCACAUGCAGAAUGUGAUACCCGAAUCUCUGCAUUAGCAAUGGAUUCUUACUGCUUUAGGGGUGUGCCUGUGUGCGUGCAUGCAUGUGUGUGGACACUGUAGGGGAUGCCAAACAGUGGUUGCACAGUGUGAAGAGAAUUAACUAAAGAGAUGUCACAAAGGCUAGAGAACUAGAGCUGGUCUUGAUGAGCUUUAGAGUGCUGUUGGCCUUGAGUAAGAGUUUAUAUUUUCUCAGGGGGAAAGUCAGCUGCUUAUAUCUUAUUUUUUAGGCAACUCAGGAGGACUGUUUCCUUGGUUAAGGCCCCAGCCUGAUGUUUUAAGCUUAAUCCCCACUAUUGCCAACCUAGUUCCCUCUUGCCCUGUAGAAAUUAGAACCACUGUGAGGAAUCUGACAAUGAGCUGAUUUGGGCAGUCAGUGCUAAAUACCAGUCUUCUAGUAGAAAAACUAUACCAGGAACCUGAGGAGAGGAUCCUGUUAUCAGAACACAGACAAUGGGAGGCUUGUGGCUGCCCACCUUUCCCUGCAACUGUAUUUUCAGUGUGGGCAACUCUACCUGAUUAAGGUGGUGCAAGUUACAACCAAUUAGUCCUGUUGUAGUAUGGCAAAGACAAAGAUUUCACACACUGAAAUUAAUGGGACCUGCAGAAGUCAUAAAAGCAUUUACUCCUGAAUGUCUUGCACGCCGUACCCUGUAGCUGUCAUGCUUUCUUCUGUGUUAUGAGGAACUUCUGUGCAAUAUUGGGAAACUUAAAUAUUUGUGAUGGUACAGGGGCUAGUAUGAGAAAGGUGCAUGUCAAACAAUGCAGAUAAAACUACUUUGAACUAUUCCUGCUUACAAAUCUAUCUUAAGUGUGUGAGUAGACUGAGGAGCCGUUCUGACACAGCCAGAGCGGUGCAGGAAUCCUUUUUCUAUGAGGCAUCCCUUGUGGGCAGAGUUUUGCAUGUUAGUGAUGCAGUGAUGGUUGGUGCGGGUAUGAAUGAUUCAGUGGAGAAGACGGACACAGUUCAGUUAUUCCAACACUGCCUGAUUGGAUCACCUCAUGGAAAACUGGCUCACAGCCAGCACUGGCUAGGUCUGAAGGAUAUCCAACACAGUCAGGAUGGUGUGUACCGCUUGCUAGCUAUAGUAGAACAGUCUUUCCCUGUUUAUCUGUAGUUGCAGGCUUUGAGAGACACUUAACCCAGAUUAAAUUCUCUUUCUCUUCCCAGCACCUACAGUCUUGAUUGUUAGUCUAGCUCAGGGGAAAAGGGGGAACUGCUUAAAUUGGGUUAAGUGUAAGACGGUAGCCCCUAUAAGCCUGGAGAAGAUGGGCUAAGAAGAACUAUUGGCACAGCGCAGAGAAGGCAAGGGACAUAAACAAGCACAUGUAAACACCACGCCCUGAAAAUUAUUCAAAAUCUUCAUAAAGCACUGUAGAAAUGUAUUGUCGAAGGCUUUCAUGGCCGGAGACCGAUGGUUGUUGUGGGUUUUCCGGGCUGUAUUGCCGUGGUCUUGGCAUUGUAG